AUGGCACGAAAGCUGGCACUGUCGACUAUGGAAAUCUCACUUGCACUCUGGGCGCGCAUGGCUUUCCUCCGUUCGGCGGCAAUCAGCUUCGACUGCAUGCCGAAGAAAGUGCUGCAUCUUAAGAAGCAGACUGCGAUGCAGAGCCCUGGUGACUCGGAGCCAGCCGUACCAGCUACCAAUGCCAAUAUCGACUCCUGCAAUGGUUCAGAAGAGCCUCGGGCUGCAGACAGCGGACACGAUGCAGACGCUGGGCUCAGCAGUGGCACGUCUGAAGUGCCUGGUCCAUCUUCUCAGCCCGGACCUAUCGAGGAACCUCUAUAUCUAGCCAGUGGUUUUUGGAACUAUGUUGACGACCUGCUCGUGGCCAUUUGCAAUGAUGUGGGUGCCCAUGGUGGGACCCGGGAAGAGCAGGAAGAUGCGCUCAAAAGUUUCUUUACUGCGACAUUCCAAAACGAUCUGAGGGCAUUUCGUGGCUUGGGUGCAUCGGAGAAAGGGGAGGUUGUGACUGUUGACUGGCAGGUCACAAUCCAGGACAAUCUCAUGUGGUGA